AAAAAUAAUUUUGAAUAACCCAAUUAAUGUGUAAAGGAAAAAUUUACUGCGCACAUCAAAAAUCAUUGUAGAUAAAUAAUGACUACAGUAUUCGGUAGAAAUAUGUCGUUCAUUACACGCCUGUAUUUUCAUACGUUAAAAAAUAACAUUAAAUCAGAUCUUUACUUUUGAUUCUCACGUUUACUCCAAAAAAAAAUUUAUAGUUCGUCUGUUAUAAAUUGUACCAAAAUGAAAUUGGUACUAGUAAAUUAAUUAAUUAAACUGAACAUUUUUAAUAAAUAGCGUCUGCUAAGUCGUAACUAAGAAGAAAUUGAUGAUUUCUUAAUAGAUUGUGGGCUAGAUACUUCUUAGAAUCUCUACCUCGUAAUAUUAUCAGAUCAAAAGUAUAACAAUUAUCAGUUCCUGCUGAUGUUCCUUCCAAUAUACAAGAUCAUUUAGAUAAUACAUCAUUUUCUAAUGAUGAUAUCAGAAAAUAAAGAAAAUGUCAGGAAGAGUCAUAAAUUGGAUGAUGAUGGUGGAGGUGUAGAUGGUGGAGUUCGUUCAAUUGGAAUAGUAUUUAUUUAUUCAUAUGUUUACUGUCACCGAAUAUUCAAAGCAAAGAUUUGCGCUACGGUUUUAUUUGGAUGUGUACUUCAAAGUCGAACUAAAUCACAUCCUGGGUUUACAAAUAUUUUUCACUUAGAAUUUAUAGUUACUAUAUAUAUUUCAAGUUAUUGUCUUGGUAGUGGUAAUUGGAUUAUUUAUUAUGGAAGUAAAAAAGUGCCAUCAUCACUCCAUGGUACAAAUAUAUAUCCUUCGCUUUUCAUUCUUAGCGAUUUGCGUGAUAAGGAUUGA